UCGACGCAGAGAGGGUAAACAGCUGGACUGAAAGGUAACAUUCAUCAGCUGUUUUUGCAUUUACUUUUUUAAAUCUUUAUACGCCAACAUUUCAGGCACGCAACAUGGCAGCCUUUCCAGAUUUGGGUUUGUUUCCACCUGACUCAAAGAAGAAGCAAGUCUUGCAGGAACGCUGUAUGCGGGCUGAAGACGAAGAUUGGGAUAAAGAUCUUAUACCCUCACUUCGUAUGAAAUGUAUAACUGCACUGGCAGAAAACUUCGCUGAAAACCCCAUUCUGGACGAACUGAAUGAAAAAGAUCGUGAAACUCUGCUAGACAUGCUUCCGACGACUUUGCCACUCAAUGUAAGUGCAAAAAAUGUGCCUGAAGAGUCUUACUGGAUGCGCUGUUGUGAAGAUAAAAACGAAGCUAUUAAUAUCAAGCAAUAUGACAACAGCUGGCGCCGAGCAUUUCUGGAAAGGCAUGCCCAACAUUGUAUUCAGCAAUUUCAUCCCAGCAAAGACGACUUCGAUGAACUUCUUGAACAGCUGAAGAUUUGCCAACCUUUCGUUAUCAUGCUAAAAAUACAGCAGCUUUGGCAAAAGAACCAAGUAAAUCCUGUCGACUUGUAUUAUUAUAAUAUUGACGAAGAAGAGGACCACGAGAACCCUCUUAUGCCCUCAGAAGAUUGCCAGUGUCUCCAGUUUACCACUAUACUGUCGAUACUUGCUAAUGUAACAGAGCUUGAUUUGUCCUAUAGUGCUAAGGAGUGCAGCUAUGAAUUUGCCUGGAAUCUUUUUCAGAUAACGGAGAAAGAUUGCGAAGAUCUUGGAAAGGCCCUCAAAGAAAAGCCGGAAUUGACCGUUUUCCGACUCCGCCGAUCUCUGCUUGAUGAUCCACGAGCAUUGACCCUCCUCUAUGCCCUAGACGGACACAAAAACCUGAAGGUCCUCGACCUCUCACAUAACAAAAUUAAAGACUUAGGUGCCAAGGCGAUCGCCAAGCUAAUCAAGUCCCUCUCAGCUUUAGAGGAGUUCAACAUUAUGAACAACAGCAUAGGUGUAGACGGCACUGAGUGCCUGGCGUACAGCAUCGCCUCCCACCAAACCCUCAAGUUUCUGAAUAUCAGCAUGAACAAGUUGUCCGACGCCGGAGGCGUGUUGCUUUGCCGCGCCUUUUCGCAGAACACCGUCCUACAGACGGCGAUCAUGUCAAUGUGCUCCUUUGGCCUGGAGGCGGCCAAGGCCUUGGGUGAGAUGCUGACCUUUAACUCCACGCUGCUGUCGCUACACCUCAGCAACAACGAGCUGGGCGAGGCCGGCGGCGAGGCUCUGCUGACCGGCCUGGAGCAGAACUCCGUCAUCCUCACCCUGGACGUGCGUAUGUGCCAGCUGGGUGAGCGACUCGAGUACGAGCUGAACCGCAAGCUCAAGCAGAAUAAGCACCACGACGAGCCCAACUACGUCCUGCCCAAGACGUACUCGUCGUUCGUCCGGGCCGAAGAGAUGACGCCGCGGGCGAGGUCACUGGUCUCCGGCGGCGACCUGACGGCCAGGUCACGUGGCUCGGUCACCUCGCGCACCUCCGCCACGCGCAAGUCCAGCGCCCUCUCCACCAGGAGCGCCGCAUCGAAGAAGAGCCUCCGCUCGCUCAAGAGCGCAGUCUCCAAGGUGAAGAGCAUGAUCAGCGAGACGCCGAACAAUUGAUGAGGAUCGGUGCGGUGGGCUGAUCGGGUGCUGGGUUGGUUUCAACGCACUGAUCACAAUGCCGGACUUUCGAGACGUACCUCUCUUGCAGCUGUUUUCCCGACCGACGUGCUGCUCGCCUGUCGUCAAAACUUUUGAAUUAUGCUGUCUAUAUCUGUCACCUUCCACCACAUUUUGCCGACUAUUUGUGGAAUUUUAAGCAUGUCGCGAGUCUCCCCACCGCAUACGCAAGCCCAAUAAAUCGGUGUUGUUCAUCUGGACAAUCA